AUGGCUAAAGAAGAACCGAAACCCAAACUAUAUGGUAUUCGGCUUGGGAUUCGUGAUGAUAACAGGCCACAGUUCGCAUCCGGCAUGCUGCUUUUUGUUAUUGCCCUUGCACAUGGGGCUUUCUUUAACAUUAAAUCGCUGGACAACCUUACCCAAUACGACCUUCGUGAGGGACCGACUACUGAGGUUCCCCAAGCUCUAGAUGUCGUUGUUGGACCCAGGUCCCUGCCGCAGACACUGAUUACAAGGGAAUCCCAAGAUGACAAAGUCCUUGUCGUACUCUUCCCCGAGCCUUCGUACUGGGGAGUAAAGCUGCAUUUGAGGCGGUGUUCACGACAAGGACCACUUUGCCUUUUGUAG